AUCUUAUCCAUGGAUUUAGGGACGAAAUCUUCUCAUUCCGCGUAGAUUAAAGGAUGUGAACCCAAGUAUAUAAUUCUUAGAUUUCCCCUUGGUUCACAAGAGAAUCUCAUCAGACUUCCGGUUAACGACUUAUAUCACCUAACCAAUAUCCAAAUCAAAGAUCUUAGAGGUACUUGAGCGCUACAGUCUAACUUCACACCCAUUCUCGAACAAUCAAGAUCCACCUUCCUUGACCACACGAAAUCCGAUUCUACCCAUCCCAACACCAUGACAUCCAGCCCUCUCUCCGGCAAAGUCGCCGUCGUCACCGGCGGAUCCAAAGGCAUCGGAGCAGCCACAGCAACAACGCUUGUAAAACUCGGAGCAAAAGUGGUCAUCAACUACGGCCGGGACUCUGCGGCAGCAGAGCAACUAGUCCAAAGCCUUGGUGCCGACAAGACCUUUGCCGUGCAAGCCGACGCCGGUACCGUCAAUGGAGUCGAACAACUCGUGCAAGCCACCGUUGAUAAAUACGGGAAAAUCGACAUCUUAGUACCCAACGCAGGCAUUCUACCCAUGAAAACCAUUGAAUCCACCACAGAAGCGGACUUUGACCGUGCAUUCAACCUCAACGUCAAGGGACCGUAUUUUCUCGUCCAGAAAGCCCUGCCUCACAUCCCCGCGGGCGGUUCUAUCAUUCUCGUCUCAACUACACAGAAUCAUGCUUCUACAGUCAGCCCGCCUUAUACACUCUACUGUACCACGAAAGGAGCGAUUGAACAACUCGUGCGUGUCUUAUCAAAGGAUCUCGUGGCAAAGAAAGGGAUUAGGGUCAAUGCCGUGGCUCCGGGUCCGACGGGGACGGAUUUGUUCUACGAGGGAAAAAGUGAACAGGUCUUGAAAGCUAUCGCUGGUUUGAAUCCGCAUAAUCGGAUUGGUACUCCAGAGGAAAUUGCAGAUACUAUUGCGUAUUUGGCUGGUGACGGUGCGAGAUGGAUUACGGGACAGACAAUUGCGGUGAAUGGAGGGCAGGCAUGAUAGGGUAGACAAGUUCUGUCUAAGUACCUAGUGUUGUAGAACAAGCCAGCGUGCGUUUUUCUUGGAUUGUAGGAUUAUUGGGAAUACUUACCUAGGGAAGAAACAUUCUUAACUACCUACUUACCUGUGUCGCAAUCAAUAUUGCCAACGAUGCAGCC